AUGGCUGUGACACGGGCUGGUUUUGAAAUGUCUCCGCUUGGGAAGGACCCUCUGGAAGCCUUGAGGACUCUGGCCUUUUCAGAAAACCCAGGUCUGCAGCAGUCUGCUGCCCUCUACUACUUGCACGUGAGUCAGCACAUGAAUGUUCCCCUGCCUGUUGAGCAUCUGGAACCCUUCUAUGCCUUGCUACGUUCUGCUGACCUGGAGGUGCAGCAGAUGUCUUCCUUGUCCCUUGUGAACUUCUUGCUGGAAGGAAACAUUGACAAAGAAUUGGUUGUUGAGAUGGGUUUACUUGAGCCAAUUCUGGACCUACUGGAGUCAGAGGAUCCCACUGUCCAGUGUAACUCCUGUGCCUGCACCAUGACUUUGGCUGUUUCAGAGUCCAACCGGGAAGCCAUUGGUGCUGCUCGAGGAGUGACACCCCUGCUGUCUCUUGCCAAUUCCUACGAUCCCAGGGUCCAGCAAAAUGCAGUUGGGGCUAUCCUCAACCUCACAAGAUCAGAGAAAAUCCAACAGGUCCUGUGCAAGGAAGGAGCCCUGCCAGUUCUUGCAUUGCUGCUGGAAUCUCCUGACUCAGAAGUGCAGUAUUACAGCUGUGCUGCCCUGAGCAACGUGGCAGCCAAUGCUCAGCACCACGAAGCCUUGCUGAGCCCUGCCAACAGGUUCCUGCUGCGGACACUCAUCUCUCUCCUGUCCUCUGCUGUGGACAAGGUUUCCAGCCAGGCAUGUGUUUGUCUCAGAAAUUUGGCUGCCAGUGCAGACAUCCAGGCGGAGAUGGUUGCAGAGGCCGUGCUGCCCACGCUGUGCUCGCUGCUGGCGUCGCGCAGCCAGGACGUGCGUCGCGCAUCGGUCGCGCUGCUCUGGAGGCUGUCCCAGCACCCGCACAACCAGGAGGCUCUGGCGUGUGUGGAGCUGCUGCAGAGCCUGGGGAGGCUGCUGGCAGAACACAGAGGAGACCCUGUGAUUGUUGGCCACGCUGCUUGUAUCAUCACAAACCUGAGCCUGGCCACACACACACAGGGUAUCAUUGAGAGCCCAUGUGUUGAAGGUCUCCUCCAGACCAUGCUUUCUACUGACCUUCAAGAAGACUCUCUUCAUUAUGUGACAUCUUGCCUUGCUGAGCUGGCCAAACAAGAAGGAGCCACAUUACGCAUGGUCCAGUGGAUGGAUGAACCCUUGACAAAGUGCUUGGUGAGCCUGGCUGGCCAACUGGAACAUGCUGAGCCAUCCUUUCAAGCUGCCUCCAUCAUCCACCACAUGAUAGGUCAUGAAAAGAUGCUGCUGCUGUUGAGGGGUCACACGGCAGAGAUUCAGGCCUAUCUCCAGAACUUCCUUACCCACCAGGAGAUCCGCUUCCAGCAGCUCGGAAUCUCCACCCUGUGCAGGCUGCGGGCAGACCCAGAAUUUUCAUUAGCAUUCAGAAAAAGCCAAAUGGCCACACUCCUUGAGCAAGUCCGACAACAAACAGAAGAAACUCAAGAGCUUCUCAGGGCAGCGAUUUGCCAGGACGAGAGUUAA